AUGGGUGGUCUUGGCUGUGGAAUGCCAUUCGGCGGAGGAUUUGGCGGGCUCGGAGGGUUUGGCAUGGGUUUACCCGCUUUAUAUUCACCGUUUGGGUUUGGGAGUUAUGGAGGUAAGCGGUUAAUUGGGGGAGGGGGGUAAGAAUUUAAAGAAACAAUCUAAUUUUUUGUUUUACAGGCCUAGGCAUGGGAAUGCCAUUGUGUUGUGGUGGUCUCGGACUAGGCUAUGGUGGAUUGAUUGGAAAGAGAAGUAUCAAAGAAUCCGAAAUGAACAUAACUCGAACUCCAACUAGGCUUAUUUUCAAAAGACGAAUUCCAUUGGCUAGACUGAGAACUAUCACUUUUACUACUAAAACACGAUUGUAA